AUGGACAACCUCAACUCCUCCAACACCUCCAGCUUGGACCCCACCUCCCCGGAUUCGGGCCGCCUGAUUUCGAGCAUUGUCCUGGGGUUGUGCUGUGCGUUGGGCCUCCCUGGUAACAUAGCUGUCCUGGUGUUCAUCCUGCGCGGCUCGUCCCGACGCCCCAACUUUACCCUGUGUCUCAUACUGAACCUGGCGUCCUCCGACAUCUUAUGCCUGGCCACCGUGCCCAUGUGGAUUUAUACUCUCCUGCACGGCUGGACUCUGGGCAGUGCCACCUGCAAGCUAGCCACCUUCCUGCUCUACCUCAGCCUGUACGCGAACGUGCUAACGGUCACUCUACUCGGUGUCCAGCGCUAUCUUCAGGUGUUAUACCCGCAAAUGUGGAACCGGCUGGGGCGCAAGGGGAAGGCGGCGCUGGUCCUGGCUCUGUGGGGGCUCGCCUGCGCCCUGACUGCCCCCGCCGUGACCACUCGCUAUGUGGGUGAUGGAGAGCUCAAGUGCCGGAGACACAGUGGAUCCGAUGCUGAAAGAGUAGUGGUCCUCAUCUUGGAGACCUUUCUGGGGUUUGUGGUCCCAUUCUUUGUGCUGGUCACGUCCUACUGCUGCCUCCACCGGCGGGUGAACCAGACGGCGCUGUUCAACAGCGCCAGGUUGACGCGGCUGGUCACCAGUGUGCUGGUCGCCUUCUUAGUCCUCUGGGUCCCCGUGCACAUCGUCAACAUGGUGGACAUUGCCGGCAUGGUGCUGCGGGCUUCCCGGCCAGAGGCGUCGGCAGCGCUGCUGCGCCACAGGAGCGCGGCAGCACGUGUUGUACGGAGCUUCACAUUUGUCAACAGCUGCCUGGACCCCUUCCUGUACGCCUUCGCCUCACAGAGGAACUGGAAGUAG